AAAACUGAAAAGCUUUUGUAUUUCAAUCACACAUAAUUAUUCCCAUUUUUGAAUGCAAUAGAGCAAACAGUCAAAAUUUCUGAUUUAUUUUUGGCGCCACAAUAUGAGUUCUCCCUGUGGCAAGUGUAAUACAUGUGCAUGUUCUGCUCAGACAAAUCAGCCGCCUCGACAAGAGCAAUGUGGGAAAUGUGGCCAGAUGCACCCGCAGGCGCAACACCAAGUUAAUUGUCCUUCGCAGCAACAACAUCAGCAGCAACAACAACCAAGAUCUUGUUCAGGCCCGCAACAGCAACAGCAACAACAACAAUCAACUUGUGGUUCAGGCCAAUCGAAACCGGCAGGUAUGCAAAAUGAAAAGAGAUCUAGAGUCGAAUGCCGCUGUGUACCCAACAAAGAUAGGCGACACGCACCUGUACAAGCACCAUUGGCUGAUACUUACACUUGUUUGCGACCACGGCCCCAGCCCCAGGCUCCAGAGCAGCCGAUGUGCACGUGCAAACAAUUGACUGCCCCUGCCACUUGCGAAUGUGCCCCACCAAUUCCAAUCCAACCACGCCCAGUUAAUUGUGACGCACAAAAUACGGCCCCGCCAACGCAUGCAUACAUUAGCUGUGGCACACCAACUAACGUUAAGCGCCAACCGAACCCAUGUACUGGACCUGGUGAGCGCGAUUUGGUUCAGCCAUAUAUGAGGGAUGAAACAAAGACAAAGCGUCAGUCAUGCAGCCAUUGUCAAUCGCAGGCAAAAAAGAAGAAGUGCGUCAUACAAUAAAAUAGAAAACGAUUGGGCACAACAUAGUAGGCUGACCGGGUCCAGUCGGGCACAUGAGCCAUACAAAAAUGCUUCAAACUCAUUAUUUGGAAACAAUUUACAAUUCAGUUAAAAUUCUAUAAAAAGCAACAAAAUUUUUAAUUGUUAAUCCGAAUACGUGGCAUUUAGUCUAUCUCUUUAUAUUAGUUAAACCAUUACGCCACCUUCCGGACCAAGAAAGAGGCAACGAUGUCCUGCAAUGUUCCCAAUACAACCUGCAACACAAAGCCGAAGGUCACAAAUCAGGGCUGUUGUUGCUCGCCAAGCUUGACACGCGUGCCACCUCCGCUCCAACCAUGCGGCGCAAACCAAGCCCAACAGUGUGCCGUAAGGACUGGAAACGUGCCACCUACCUACAGCACGCCACCAAACCAGCGACUGUGCGAUCAUUGCAAGGGAAAGCGCAAGAAGCGUUGCAGUAUUCAAUAAACUUCCGGGCAAUUCAUAUUUUCAGAAUUGUCAAACUAUUGAAGUUGAAGUUGAUCAAAGUUGGCUUUUAAGGAUUACAUCAUUUUGAGUUAUUCCAAAUCUUCAUUUGAAAAUUCAGUUCGUUUGGAGAACUAGUCUUAGUUCCAAAUGUAACAAUUUGGAAAAAAAAAAAAAUUAAAUUACACGAAAAUCAAAAAUUGAAGCUGUUCUCCUCCCAUUACGAAUCUCUAAAAUCAGAAUGUCCAAGGCUGCAGUAACAACUGGAAAAUCUGGAUCGGAAUCGCCCGCAGCGAAUGUGCCCAGGCAACAGUGCGUUUGCAAUCCACCAGAACUUCCGCCACAGCCUUGUCCUCCGUGCCUGCCGCAGCCAGAGGUCAUAAGAAUUCCCUGCAACCCGACUCCUGUUGCCCGACUGCCUGAAAAUACUUAUUACCGCUGCGACCCUCCACCAAAGGUUUCCAGGAACCGUAAAUGCAGCAUACAAUAAUUGAAGCGGCCAGAUAUUGAACAGAAUAGGAAAAUCAAAAACAGAAA